AGCAUCUCAGAGCUUCAAGUCAACAACACAGAUACCAACACACCUGUUUCAUCCUCAGCGUGUGGAGUCUCUCUAUCAGACAGCAGCAUGGCACAGUGUAACAUCUCAUCCAGAUACCAGGACAUCAUCUCCAAAUGUACUCUGAUCUCUUCAGGAUCUCCUGCUGUCUACCAGCUGAGACCAGAGGAAAAGAAGUUUGGGACUCUGACAAGAAAAACUGUUGGAGUGAAAAACCCGAACAAGGAAAACAAAACCAUCUUACUUGUAGGUGAAACAGGAUCAGGAAAAUCUAGUCUUAUCAACGCUCUGGUCAACUACACCAUGGGAGUGAAGUUUGAGGACAACAUCUGGUUUGAGAUUGUAGAAGAAGAAGAAAAGAGAAGCCAGAUAGAGAGUCAGACAUCAGAUGUGAUCACAUACGAGAUCUUUGGUUAUGAAGGUAAAACUCUGCCCUACUCUCUGACCAUCAUCGAUACUCCUGGAUUCGGAGACACCAGAGGAAUCAAACAUGAUGUCAUCGUUAGUCAAAGAUUAUUUGACUUGUUCCGCUCAGACGAUGGAGUUAAAGAACUUUCUGCAGUGGGUCUGGUGCUGAAGGCAACUGAGAAUCGAGUGAGUGAUCGAGUGAGGUACAUCUUUGAUUCAGUGACGUCUCUGUUUGGGAAAGACAUUGAGAAGAACAUCGUCGCUCUCAUCACACACUCAGAUGGAUUCACACCUAAAAAUGCUCUGGAAGCUCUUGAAGCUGCAAACAUUAACUGGGCCAAAAAUGAAACAAAUCAGACUGUUCACUUCCUGUUUAAUAACCGCCAGAAUGAACAGAGAACAGACAAAACAGAACUUCCUUUAGAGAAUGCAUGGAGGUUAACAGAGAAAGGAAUGAAACAAUUCACAGACUUCUUGAAAGAAUCUAAACCUCAGAAGCUGAUGACAACAGUUGAAGUGUUGAACUCACGGAUCAGUCUGACAGCCUGCAUCCACAACCUGGAAGGAAGAAUCCAGCUGAUUGAACUGAAACAGAGAGAGAUCCAACAGACUGAAGAGGGUCUGAGGAAACAUGAAGAAGAGAUGAAGAAGAAUGAAAAGUUCACUGUAGAAGUUGAUGAGCCCUACAAAGACAAAGAGCCUAUCCAUAGUAUGAUGUGGGGUGGGUUCAAGAUUGGUGGGGUUUUGGAUAUCUCACCUCUUUUGUUUAAAGGAGCUGUCACAUGUAACGUUUGUGAAGAGAACUGUCACUAUCCUGGAUGCACAAUGGCCCUCAGUCCUUCAUGGUGUGAGGUCAUGAAAGAUGGUUACUGCACAUCAUGUACAGGGAAGUGUCAUGAAUCAGAUCAUGUGAAAGAGGAGUGGAUUUAUGUGAACAAGACCAGGAAAGUCCAGAAGACCCUACAAGAUAUGAAAGAGAAGAAGAAGGACCUGAUGAAAAAUCUGCAAACUGAGAUGAAAGAACUGACAGUAGAGAAGAUAAAGUUGCUGGAUGAGUCCUACCAACAUGUUGUUAAUCUGGAGGAGAUCGCCCUGAAUGAUAAUUCACUGUCCACUCAUGUCCACUUGGACUUCCUGAUUGAGAAGAUGAAGGAGAGAAGAGACACAGAGAACGUGAAGAAGCUGGAGGAGAUGAAGAGUCGACAGGAUGAAGGAACCAGAGCAGCGCUGCAGUACGUGUUGGGUAAACUAGCAGCAUUUGGUAAAGCAGAUCAAACUAAACUGGAGUAG